ACCACAAACCGCGUCCCUAGUCGCCCUCGCUAUAUAUUCCCAGGUUCGACUCACUCGCAAUCACGCAAACACUCCCUCUCUUCGUUUCAAAGACACUCUCAGUCUUUUAGCUCUUGACCUUUUACAAAUGGCGUGGAUGCUGUCACUGAAAGCUCUGCGUAUCUCCGCCUGCGUGGUGUUUAUGGGUUUGGCUUUGAAGCUCGGCCCGCCGCUGGUUAUGGAGCUCACGACCUCUCACGCGCCUCUCAUGUGGGCGUCGCUCCUCUCCUGGCUCAAGCCGCCCUACCUCUACGUUAUCAUCAACUGCAUCAUCAUCUCCAUCGUUGCCUCUUCGCGGUUCCACCACCAGAGCUCCGAGCGAGACCACCCAGAUGACCCGAUGUCGUCGCGCUCGGACGCUCUGGCCGAGAUCUCUCCGGAGUUCGGCGUUUUGAACUCGACGGUGGCGUACGAACGGAGAGAAGAGACCGUGGACUCGGUUUCGGAGGUGGCUGAGGCUGUGGUGGUGAAUGGAUCCGCAGAGGAGGAGGAUGAGGAGGAGGAGUUCGUGCCCUCCCAGCCGAAGAGGAUGGACUCGUCGGAGGAUCUCUUUACGCCGGAGAAACCUCUGGUUUCUGCGAGGUUCGGUCAUCGGAAACCGGUGAAAGCCAGUACCGAAGGUGGGAGAGCGUUGAGGGUGGCAAAGCCAAAGCGGCACGAGACACUGGAGAACACGUGGAAGGCGAUAACGGAAGGGCGAGCGAUGCCACUGAGCAGGCACGUGAGGAACACGUGGGAGAAUCACGGCCGUGGAAUCAUCGUGGAGUCGCUGGUGAAGAAAUCGGAGACAUUCAAGGACCGCACCAAUGAGAUAAGCUCGUCGUCUUCUGGGGCUGGGGCUGGGGCCGGGGCCACGACCACGAGGCUUCGCAAAGAGCCGUCGCUGAGUCAGGACGAGUUGAACCGGCGAGUGGAGGCAUUUAUUAAUAAGUUCAACGAGGAAAUGAGGUUGCAGAGGCAAGAGUCGUUGAAUCAGUACAAGGAGAUGAUCAACCGUGAAAGCCAUUAACAAAAACAGUACAAGCUGUUUUUGCAAGUAAUUAGGAGGAAUAGAUGUAUUCACUAUUUAAGUUGGUUUUGUAAAAAAAAAAAAGUUUUCACCAUAGGUUAAAGUUUGGGGUAAAAUACUUGAAAUUAUGGGUGUGGGCUUCUUUUUUUUUUUUCUUUUUUUUUUUCUCUGGUUUGGUUAGACUGAUCCAUCAUGCACAGAUGGGAUAAGCUUAAGAAGGUUUCGGUGUAAAGGAAGAAACUUUGACAAUGUAUUCUUUAUUCAUAUAAUGAUUGAUAUGGUUAAUUAGUUUA